UGGCCCCUCCUCUCUCCUUCUCCCCCUCCUCCCUCCCCCCUCCUCCUCCUCCUCCUCCUCCGGUCGGACGGCCACAUUCCCCGCUACCUUUCACCCCGGAGAAACCCCGAUCUGACGGCGAAGCAACGCGGACAAACCCCGGGACAACAUGGCGUCAGGUGUGACAGUGAACGAUGAGGUCAUCAGAGUGUUCAACGACAUGAAGGUGAGGAAGAGUUCGACCCAGGACGAGGUGAAGAAGAGGAAGAAGGCGGUGCUGUUCUGUCUGAGCGACGACAGAAGCAAGAUCAUCGUCGAGGAGGGGAAGCAGAUCCUGGUGGGCGACAUCGGCGAGACAGUUGACGACCCCUACGCCUGCUUUGUGAAGCUCCUCCCCCUCAACGACUGCAGAUACGGGCUGUAUGACGCCACCUACGAGACCAAGGAGUCCAAGAAGGAGGACCUGGUCUUCAUCUUCUGGGCUCCAGAGGGCGCUUCGCUGAAGAGUAAGAUGAUUUACGCCAGCUCUAAAGAUGCCAUCAAAAAGAAGUUUACAGGUAUCAAACACGAGUGGCAGGUGAACGGGCUGGACGACAUCGAGGACCGCACCACGCUGGCCGAGAAGCUGGGCGGGAACGUGGUGGUGUCUCUGGAGGGCAAGCCGCUGUGAUGUAACGGCAGCGAGCCGAGCGGAGCCAAGCCAACCGCCGUGCCAUCCGGACCGAAGCACCUGACCCCACCUGAACACCGCCGCUUCACUCAGCAGCUUGCUCUGUCUGUCUCAUGUCCUGAAGGAGUUAGCGUCUUUAGGCCUCUUUGUUUUCUUUUUGUUCUUUUUGCUUUUUUCCAACAUGAAGGAGAUCUCAUUAACAUAAUGAUAUGCAAACCCCUCCCAGUUUGUUGCCACAUGACUUCUGUUCACCUGGCAGAAAAAAAAAAACGGAAAUGACACACUACCAAACCCCAGGAUGGUUGUCUCUCGCUCACAGCCAGAGUUUUGCCAAAAAGUCGAUGUGAAGGAAGCAGCCACACGUGUCAGAGGCGAGCUGCGCGCCGCGAAGCUCCGCCUCCUGCAGCACACGGGUCAUGAUGCUUUUUACAUAUGACUUUAUUUAUUAUUGUAAAGUGUUGUUUCUUCUCCAGUAUGUUCCCACCAGGCACACUCAUGGUUAGACUAUGCAUUCAGAAGAGAAGAAGAAGAAGAAGGUUAUGACGCAGCACUUUGUGUUGACACACUACAGCUUCAUUUGUUUACCUCAGUCUCAUUCUAGCUGUUUGGUCGUCGCCUUACUUUCAGUUUGAAUGUAACCGUCACACCACUUAGUUAGAGUACACUUUUAUUUUGUAAAGAAACACUACAGGAAGCAGAUUUGACCCCAGCAGUGAGAGACGACCCCACAACAACAACUACAAGAACACGACGACAUCUGGAGCCUUAAAGUGGAACGUUGUUUCUGAGAUCACAGGAAGCCACUUUGCAAUAAAAGCCUGUGGCAGUUCUGA